AUGAUUGGUCAUUACAGCUACGGCCUGUCUACGUGCCUAAUUGCAUACCAACUGGCGGCCCAACUCAAUCGCCGGGACAAUGAAGUGCUGUGGUGUGCUGUGGUUGGGCUAACAGACCAAUACGUUCAGCAGACCAUCGACUUUGCACUAUACAUAAACGAAGUACAAAAGCUCAGAGACGAGGUUUUGAGGUUCAACCCCAUCGAAGAAGCCGAUGCACAUGAGACCCAAAAUAAUCGAACCGGCAAGUUACAAAAUAUGGACCACAGCGUCAUCCGAGCGGCAGACGAGUUUAAACUGAUGACCAUGCGACACUGGUCAUUACUCGAGAGUCUGCACUACAGCAACUGUGUGGCGACGUCGCUGCGUACUUGGCAACAGCAAGGCUAUGAUCAGCUGCUGAUGUUCCUGGCCAAAAUGGGCAUUUCACUCUGGGAGUGCCGAGAAAAAUACACGGAAAUGACCCUCAAACUAAGAGAAAAGUUCAAGACCAAAUUAUUGGAACAGGGCCAUGAUUACGGGCUAGAUGAUAUGGUCUACGAAUCAUUCUACAGAAAACUACCCUUCCGCACCCCUACGUCGGCCAGCGACUUCGUAUAUGCGAUUGGAGCCUUACUACAACGCCCGCAUGUUCAAUCGCUUAGCAGCGCCGCGUCAGGCGCCUCUGCAACCGACCCAGCACUGGACGAGGCAGCCAUUGAGCCAAGGGAAUGGCUGAGGCGAAACUUCUUCUCGGCCCUCGAUGCGAUGUCAGACUCGCAUUUGGAAGAGUUCGAAUCUGGGCUGCAGUUCAGUAUGGUGCAACAAAAGGCUGUGGUUGAACAGGUUAAAGCCAUGAGCGAACAGAAGGCGUUCACCAACACUCGGUACUUCCGCCAUGUCAAAACGUGCAAUCAGUACGAGAUCUUUGCGUCGCCGCUAAUGCUGAUUCGCUUGGCUCUUUUCCUGUGUGAGUACUUUGCCAUAGCCAAACCGGAUUCGCGCAAGCCGUUUGUGGUGUCGUCCCUGAUUGCGAGCAAAGACGUGUACCUGGUGGUAGGCGUAACGGGGGCAGGCAAUACAGGCAGCGUCAAGAAAAAUCCCUUUGGCUUGGUUUUCAGACAAGCAGCGGAGCAGAUCAACGCCAGUUUCCGCCACGACAGCUUUGAUACAAAUGUUAUAGAAGUCCAACGCAAAUCUUGGGAACACUUCCUCCUUGCCUUGGAUGUAAACUGGGUUUAAUUCGACGCUCUAAUGCUCGAAACUAAACGCAUACAUCUCUCGACGAAUAUAUUUACU